GGGGGCGGUUCCGGGGGUUUCUUCUACCUGUCGGUGUUUUGUGGAUGCUGCUUUUGCGCCGGAUAGUGGUAGGGUUGCUUUUGGGUGUGCUCUAUUUUCUGCGACGAACUGUUUUCUUGCUGCUAUUAAUGGGGAAUUACUAUGUUCUCCGGACCCUCUUAUGGCGGAGGCUAUGGCGUGUCGUGAGGCUCUAUCAUGGAUUAAGACGCUUGAUAUUCAUAACGUGGAGAUCUUGAUGGAUUGUCAACGUGUGAUUUCGGCAAUUUCAGAUACUUCUUUCUCUCUUACUUCUUAUUUUGGUUCGUUAAUUGUUGAGUCGCGUAGCGUUCAACUGAGAUUGGGAGAAUAUUUCCCAAACCUCUCGUUGCAAAUCGGUCACUACUGUUUAAACGAUAUUGGAGUUAUUUGUGCCGUCACUUUUAUAUUGUAGAAACCUACCCGGUAGUAACUCAGUGCAUGUUGCGAUGUUCUAUUAUUCUGCUAUAUUCUAUUUUAGAUACAUUGAGUUUGUUUUCAGAGAUAAAUAUACCAACUGAGUUUCUUUUUGGAUCCAAUGUGAAAAAAAAAAACCCAAAUUUUAGAUCUAGAAUUUGGAGACCAAAAAUGGUGAUGCUUUACAACUCGGCCGAUGGGAAACAAAGCCAGUAUAAGCUCAAAAAGCGCAGUUCUAUCCCCCAAUUCUUGAUUCUAAUAAAUAUGUGUUUCGUUAAUCUAGGGUUUGAUAUCACGUGUCAUAAUAUGACAUCAAAUGUUGAUGCCACAAAAAAAAAAAAAAAGUACUCAAUGCAUUCUUUUAUAUCUGGAAAUUCAAAGUCAUUGUAGGUGCUUCUGGAUCAUUCUUCAACACCACUCUGUGUAAUCGGCUAAUGGCACUUGUUCCUCUAGCUACCAAACCUGUUUAAUUGAAGAAGCACAUCAACUGAAAUACAGGCAUUGUCAUGCUCAAAUCUCAGCUUACAUCGUGUCAUGUAAACAUCUACCCAUAACAAAAUAAAAUCAUGUAUUUCUAAAUGAAAAAUGACAACAUAAUAUUCGGCCAUAUUAAUUUUGAACCGCUAAUAAUUCAAUGACAUGUUUGCAAUGAUAUUACUACCUCCGUCCCAUUUUAUAACGCCUGUUUCGGUUUACGAUGUUUGACUGAAAUUAUUUUUAAACCAUUUUAUAUGACAAAUGGUAUAGAAUUAAAAAAUAAAAAUUACAUAUUAAAAACCUAAAUCAAAAAAUCUACAAAACUAUUAGUGACAAUAAUAUUUUAUUUUAUCAAAUUGCUAACGAAAAUAGAGAAAGAAAGUGAAUGAAGUUUGACCCUGUGAAUAGUAAACAGACAUUAUAAUUUGAGACGGAAAGAGUACAAUAUUCAAGAAAGUGAAUAUUGUAGAAAACCAAGUAGGGGUAAGAUAUUCUGUCAUACAGGGUAGUGUGUAAUUUAGUUUCCAUAAUUAAGCUUAGGGGCAUUUUGAUAGGGUAGUAUUUAAUUUAGUUUCCAUAAUUAAGCUUAAGGGCAUUUGAUAGUUGAUACAUGUACAAAAUUGUCAACCCAUGCACUCAUACAUUGUUUUGAGAUUCCAACGCAUAUUUUCUAAAUAAUCUUGGUAACACUAG